AUGAAAAUUGCUGCAAAGGAGAUAGCAGAGAAUCUCGAAUGCAGUACAGAAUUUCCUGAUGACACUGAAGUUAGACCCAGAAGGAAAAAGCGUCAAUUUGACUAUGAAAAAGCUGUCGAUGAACCCUUAACAGAGGAGAAAAAAUUUAAAAUAAACUUUUUCAACUAUAUUCUGGACAUUACCCUUAAUUCUCUGAAUGAACGAUUCACGCUUCUGGAAACCCAUAGCAAAAAAUUUCAUCUAGAGUUUAUACUUUCGGUUGAAAAUGAAACAGAUAUAAAUGCAAAUGACCUUAGAGAAGAAUUGCGUGAUGUAUCCAGAAUGCUACCAUAUUCUGCGAAACCUUUGGAUGUUUUAAAUUAUUUAUGCCAAAAUAGCUUAAUUAGUUUGUAUCCAAAUACUGUUGUAGCUCUGAGAAUUUUAUUAACUCUCCCUGUAUCUGUAGCUAGUGGGGAAAGAAGUUUCUCCAAAUUAAAACUAAUAAAAAACUACUUAAGAAGUUCAAUAGGACAAAUAAAACUUAAAAAUCUGGCAUUAAUUUCUAUUGAAUCUGCAAUGGCUAGCACUCUAGACUACACAUCAGUAAUUAACGAAUUUGCUAAAGUUAAAGUUAGAAGAGUAAAGCUACUUGCUGACCAAAAGAAUGAAGUAGAUAUGAAGCAGUUACCAACAGUUAUAGAUGAGCAAUUUACAAUAUACUAUAAAGAAGAUGGCGUGGAGAACACCACCUAA